AUGGACUGUUGCGACAGGAAGAGGCUGCUUAUGGUCAUGACAAGCGCGUGCGCAUGUGCAGCCUUUGGCCUCCUGUGCAUUGCAGUGGCCACCGAUUUUUGGCUGUUUACGAAGGAAAAACUAGAGGAAGGGGUCAAUGGCACCCGAUACAAUCAGUAUUGGUCUGGCCUAUUCCGGAAGUGCCAUCGAUCCGAUUACACGAACAAGUUGAACUGCACAUACAUCAAAUACUUCACUGUGAACGAUGACCGUGACGGGAUUCCACAAACGGACGCCAUUUUACUGACCAUGCGGCGGUCCACGUGGUUCCCACUGUCCAGCCUGGUCAUUCUCCUCAUCGCCGCCACUAUAUGCUUCGUGGGCCACUGCGAAUCUGGCAAGAAGAAUCUCACUUUUGUGAGUGGAAUACUCUUUGUGCUAGCAGGUUUAUGCACUCUGGUCGGCAUUAUCCUGUACAUAGGCAGUAUCACAGAGGAAGUUGGCAACAAGCCAAAAGUCUCAUUGGAUGAUGUGCAAUUUCUAUAUAACUAUGGACCAUCUUUUAUGAUGGCGGUCGGAUCAUUUGCUUUAACUGAAUUGUCUGGAGUUUUCUCUGUUUAUCUAUAUAUUACGCGAUACAAAAAUGCACAAAAGAAGAAACGUUUACAGGCGCUUAAAUCUGAAUCGAACGCAAACAAUCAGAUUUGGCGCCACAAACGCUCGAGACCACAUUCACGCGACAGAUCUCAAUCUCGCGAAAGAUCACGAGAUACCUCGUUGAGUAGGUCGGAGAGUUAUUAUACCUAUACACCUAUAUCUGAAACCACAUGUGCUUCCCAUGAGCUCUCCAAUUACUCGUUCCAAAACCAAAACGACACAUCUAGAAAUACUCUCUCGACGACGGUGGUCGAGACGUACGCGCCUAAGGACAGCUUGUAUUCAGCAACAAACAUUGACCACUUAAGAAAAACUACGCCUGUGUAGGUACAUAGUUUGAUAUGGUCUGUUGGUAGUUUUAAACAUGUUAAGUUUUCAAAGGAAUAUAGUGUAGUAUGGAAAUCAGAGUGGGUACGAAUUAGUAAUCAGUAUGCAAUAGGCUUGUUUGCGCGCGCAUGUACAACGCAGGGGUGCGGAAAUAACAUGUGAAUCAGCACGUUGUUGACAAAAGUUAAACAAUGGCGAUUUAUAGGAUGUGGUGAGACUGCUAUCACAACCACAGGUGCACUGUGAGACUGCCAUGUCGGAUUUUUGAAUUGGAGGAGGUGCAUAAUAAUGAUGCCAUAUUUAAAGUCAUUCGCAGAGGGUUUAUUUUUAUUAGAAAGGUUGUAUAUCGAUGUUUAGA